AUGGUAGAUCUUGUUGAUCAGAGUGUUAUUCCUGAUCCAAUUACACAGCAGACUUCUGUUGCUCAAAAUUCAGCCGUGGAAAACACCACAGCAAUUGAGUCUCAACUCAAUCCUUAUCUGAUUCACCAUUCGACUGCUCCAACUACUAUAUUGGUCACUCAACAGUUACUGGGAGCAAGCAAUUACAAUUCAUGGUCAAGAUCCAUGAUUAUUGCGUUAUCUGGUAAGAAUAAGGUCGGAUUCGUUGACGGAACUAUUCAAAAGCCAAAAGGAAAUCUUCUCGCGGCGUGGAAAUGUAUUAACGAUAUCAUUACUUCUUGGAUUCUUAAUUCUGUAUCCAAGGAAAUUGCUGCAAGUUUUGUCUACACUGGAUCUGCGAAGGAAAUUUGGGAUGAGCUCAAGGAACGCUUUCAGUAA